UCGCUGGGGUAACUUGCCACACACACUCGUCUCACGUCUCUGGGAAAUGUUUCGGACUAGACUUGGUGUGUUUUUUCCAUCUGUUUUGUAUUUAUAUCCUCCAAUGAUAUCGCAUACUCAUCCACAAUGCACAUAAACAGCGCUCGGGAGAAGAGGGUCCACUGGGAUGAGAGUAUCACCGACAACACAGAUAGAAGCCACCCACCCAACAGCCCACCCGAUCCGCCUGAGAGGAAGAAACGGAGGUCAAGGCCGACAGUAUUAAAAGAUUUUCAAACGGCCAAAGAAAAAGUUGUUGAACUUAUUUACGAAACCAGAUGUUUACAACGUCAAUGUUACCAGCUGACUGCAGACUUUUCCAAACUUGAAGACGAUUUCACUAUAAUACAAAAAGCUUCUUCUCAGAUAAAAGAACUCCUCAGAAAGGGCGAGCCACCAUUCACACGCAAGUCGCUGUUUAAUGUGGACGGAGUUAUCUCCCGUGUAUUGUACCCGGGAGAGAAGCUCGUGCUCGAUGUUGCGGAACCUCUCGUGGCCGAUAGGGGUAGACCACAUCAGGAAAUACUUUAUUACUGAAAGUCACUUCUCACAGAGACCUCAGAAAAUAAACUUGUCAUAAUCUA